UGAUUUCUGGGAAGAGGAGAGGAUGAGGAUCGUAGUUAGUGCCAAUGCAGCUAAAAAUUAAUGUGUGCAAUCCGAGCUCGGUUAAUUUGUGAUGAAUGAAAAUCCAAAUAAGUGCAUGUGCGUGACGACAGGCAGCAGCGGCCGGCUCUGAAAUAAUCAAAAGAUAUCGAAAACUUCGAAUAUUAGUCACUUUAAAGCGGAGUUGUUUGCGCAGUGGGAUCAACUUUUAAUUUUAAAGGUACCAACGCACACAGAUACUCGGCCGCAGAUACAUCUGGAUGUGAGUGUGAUAUUAUGUGAAAUAAGAGCCGUAUAUGUUUACUAUGAAGAUUAAAAAAUAUGUAACUCCUGUAAAAAGAAAAACUUUCAACAUAGUCCAAUGGACUUCACUCCUGUGUAGUCUUUGGCUACUCCCCACUGUACAAAGCAAAUCCGAUGACAAGGCAACUGCGAAUUUCGAAUAUAGACUAGAGAACCGAUUGGAGAAUCUUUACCGAUUUAGCCAUCAUGUAUAUAAUGUUACCAUACCAGAGAACAGUCUGGGAAAGACUUAUGCUAAGGGAGUACUGCAUGAAAGACUGGCCGGCAUGAGAGUUGGCUUGCACUCAGAGGUUAAGUAUAGGAUAAUUAGUGGCGAUAAGGAUAAGCUGUUCAAGGCCGAGGAGAAGCUGGUGGGGGACUUUGCCUUCUUGGCGAUCCGAACCCGAACCAACAAUGUGGUGCUGAACCGCGAGAAAACCGAGGAAUACGUAAUCAGAGUGAAAGCACAUGUACAUUUGCACGACAGGAACGUGUCGAGCCACGAGACGGAGACGAAUAUUCACAUCAAGGUCCUGGACCGCAACGAUCUCAGUCCGCUCUUUUACCCCACUCAGUAUAAUGUGGUGAUUCCGGAGGACACGCCCAAAUAUCAGAGCAUCCUGAAGGUGACCGCCGACGAUGCGGAUCUCGGCAUCAAUGGCGAAAUCUACUACAGCCUGCUCAUGGACAGCGAGUACUUCGCCAUCCAUCCGACCACAGGGGAAAUCACCUUGCUGCAGCAGCUGCAGUACGCCGAGAGCUCGCACUUUGAGCUCACAGUGCUGGCCUACGACAGGGGCUCCUGGGUCAACCACCAGAAUCACCAGGCCAGCAAGGCCAAGGUCAGUAUUUCGGUAAAGCAGGUCAACUUCUACGCCCCGGAAAUCUUCACAAAGACCUUUUCAAGUGUCACGCCCACCUCCAAUCCCCUGAUAUACGGGAUAGUCCGAGUCAACGACAAAGACACGGGGAUUAACGGCAACAUUGGGAGUCUGGAGAUUGUGGACGGAAAUCCGGAUGGCACGUUCCUCCUGAGAACUGCGGAGACCAAAGACGAGUACUACAUCGAGCUGAACCAGUUUGCGCAUUUAAAUCAACAGUUUUUUAUCUACAAUCUCACCCUGCGGGCCGAGGACCUGGGCACCCCUCGCCGAUUCGCCUACAAGUCAGUUCCGAUACAGAUAAAGCCGGAGAGCAAGAAUGUACCAAUAUUCACGCAGGAGAUAUACGAAGUCUCGAUUCCGGAAACGGCGCCCAUCAACAUGCCUGUGAUAAGGCUGAAAGUGAGUGAUCCCGACCUGGGGAAGAACGCUUUGGUCUACCUGGAGAUCGUGGGCGGUAACGAGGGCGACGAGUUUCGCAUCAAUCCCGAUUCUGGGAUGCUGUACACUGCCAAGCAGCUGGAUGCGGAGCGCAAGUCCAUGUACACCCUGACAGUCUCGGCCAUCGACCAGGCGAACGUGGGCUCAAGGAAACAGUCCUCGGCCAAGGUGAAGAUCAACGUUCAGGACAUGAACGACAACGAUCCGAUCUUCGAGAAUGUAAAUAAAGUAAUAUAUAUUAACGAAAAUAAUCUCGCCGGCUCGUUUGUCGUUAAACUCACUGCCAAAGACAGGGACUCUGGCGAGAACUCGUACAUAUCCUAUAGUAUUGCCAACCUGAACACUGUGCCCUUCGAGAUCGAUCACUUCACCGGAGUGGUGAAGACCACGUCCCUGAUAGACUACGAGACGAUGAGGCGAAACUAUGAGCUUAUUAUCCGGGCCUCGGACUGGGGCCUACCCUAUCGCAGACAGACUGAAAUAAAGCUCUCGAUUGUGGUGAAGGACAUCAAUGACAACAGACCCCAGUUCGAGCGGGUCAACUGCUACGGAAAGGUCACUAAAUCAGCCCCCAUGGGCACUGAGGUUUUCGUGACCUCCGCCAUUGAUUUCGAUGCUGGGGACAUGAUAUCCUAUCGCCUGAGCGACGGCAACGAGGAUGGCUGCUUUAGCUUGGAUCCCACUUCCGGUUCGCUAUCCAUUGCCUGUGAUUUGAUGAAGGCCGCCAUGGGUAACCGGGUGCUCAAAAUCUCGGCCACCGAUGGAACUCAUUUCUCCGAUGAGCUGAUCAUCAACGUCCACCUGAUGCCGGACGACUUGAGCGGAGACGCCGGUGUGUUGCACGGUUAUGGAUCCUUCGAGUGUCGCGAAACGGGAGUGGCCCGCAGGCUGGCGGAGACCAUGGCUUUGGCGGAGAAAAACAACGUAAAGGCCGUCUCCCAGUCGGUUUUCAGUGACCUGUCCCUGACGCCAAGUCGAUAUGGCCAAAAUGUCCAUCGCCCGGAGUUCAUAAACUUCCCCCAGGAGCUGGCCAUAAACGAGAGUGUGCAGCUGGGGGAAACUGUGGCUUGGAUCGAGGCCAAGGAUCGGGAUCUGGGCUACAAUGGGAAGCUGGUGUUUGCCAUUUCCGACGGCGACUACGAUUCGGUAUUUCGCAUCGAUCCCGAUCGUGGUGAGCUGCAAAUCAUUGGCUACUUGGACAGAGAGCGGCAGAAUGAAUAUGUCCUCAACAUCACCGUCUAUGACCUCGGUACGCCCACCAAAGCCAACUCGAAAAUGCUGCCCAUCACCAUCCUCGAUGUGAACGACAAUCGUCCUGUUAUCCAAAAGACUCUUGCCACCUUUAGGCUGACUGAGAAUGCCAGGAUAGGGACUGUGGUACACUGCAUCCAUGCCACCGAUGCCGACUCUGGAAUCAAUGCCCAAGUGACCUAUUCCCUGUCCGUGGAGUGCAAUGAUUUUACGGUCAACGCCACCAAUGGCUGCAUCCGCCUGAACAAGCCACUGGAUCGCGAGAAGCAGGACAAGUAUGAGCUCCACAUAACGGCCAAGGAUGGUGGAAAUCCAGCCUUGUCCUCGGAGGCAUUGGUUUAUGUUUUGGUGGAUGAUGUGAACGACAAUGCCCCCGUGUUCGGUGUCCAGGAGUACACAUUCAAGGUGCGCGAGGACCUGCCGAAAGGCACUGUGCUGGCCGUCAUCGAAGCUGUGGACGAGGACAUUGGUCCCAAUGCCGAGAUCCUCUUUUCCCUUAAAGAAGAAAACCAGGAGGAGGAACUGUUCAAAAUCGACAAGCACACAGGGGCCAUAAGGACGCAAGGAUUCCUGGACUAUGAGAACAAGCAAGUCCACAACCUGAUUGUGAGCGCCAUCGAUGGCGGAGAUCCUUCACUCACCUCCGAUAUGCCCAUAGUGAUCAUGAUCAUUGAUGUCAACGAAAACCGAUUUGUCCCCGAGUUCGAGGACUUUGUGUACGAAGGCAGGAUCAGGGAGAACAAGCCCAAGGGAACGUUUGUGAUGAAUGUCACUGCCAGGGAUUUGGACACCGUUGAUUUGAAUUCCAAAAUAACUUAUUCAAUCACAGGCGGAGAUGGGCUGGGUAUUUUUGCAGUCAAUGAUCAAGGAUCCAUUACUUCCUUGUCGCAACUCGAUGCGGAAACGAAGAACUUCUAUUGGCUAACACUGUGUGCUCAGGACAGCGCCAUUGUGCCCCUCAGCAAUUGUGUUGAAGUCUAUAUACAAGUUGAAAACGAAAACGACAAUAUUCCCCUGACCAGCAAACCAGUUUACUAUGUAAAUGUAACCGAGGCCAGUGCAGAAAAUAUUGAAAUCAUUAAACUGCAUGCUGUGGAUCCGGAUAUAGAUCCCACACAAACCAUUUCCUACAAUAUUGUUUCAGGAAAUCUGGUUGGCUACUUUGAAAUUGAUUCCAAAAAAGGAGUUAUAAGAACCACGGAGCGCAAACUCGACAGAGAAAAUCAAGCAGAGCACAUCUUAGAGGUGGCCAUAUCGGAUAAUGGAUCUCCUAUGCUGUCCUCUACUUCACGAAUCGUUGUAACCGUUUUGGAUAUUAACGAUAACAGUCCAGAGUUCGAUCUGAGGGUCUACAAAGUGCAAGUUCCUUCCUCGGCUACGGUGAACCAGUCCAUAUUCCAGGUGCAUGCUAUCGAUAGUGACGAUGGGGAUAAUGGUCGCAUUACAUACUCCAUCAAGUCGGGAAAGGGUAAAAACAAGUUCCGCAUCGAUAGCCAAAGAGGCCAUAUAUACAUUGCAAAGCCCUUGGAAUCAGAUAAUGAGUUUGAGAUCCACAUUAAGGCCGAGGACAAUGGGAUUCCUAAGAAGAGUCAAACUGCUCGGGUCAAUAUAGUGGUAGUUCCAGUCAAUCCAAACUCACAGAAUGCUCCAAUAAUUGUAAAGAAAACCACGGAUAAUUCUGUCGAUUUGACGGAGAACGACAAGCCGGGUUUUUUGGUGACACAAAUUCUAGCCGUUGAUGAUGACAACGAUCAGUUGUGGUACAACAUUUCCAGUGGCAAUGAGGAUAAUUCUUUUUAUAUUGGCCAAGACAAUGGAAAUAUUCUGCUGUCCAAGCAUCUAGACUAUGAAACGAAAAAGUCCUAUAAUCUAACCAUCAGUGUAACGGAUGGAACGUUCACCUCGUUCACAAACCUCCUCAUCCAAGUGAUAGACAUCAAUGACAACACUCCCAAGUUUGCCAAGGAUGUCUAUCACGUGAACAUCUCAGAAAACAUUGAAGAGGAGUCGGUUAUAAUGCAACUCCAUGCCACUGACAGGGACGAGGAUAAAAAGUUAUUCUAUCAUUUGCACGCCACUCAGGAUCCCUCAUCGCUGGCCCUGUUCCGUAUCGAUUCCAUAAGCGGAAAUGUCAUCGUCACCCAGAGAUUGGAUUUCGAAAAGACAGCCCAGCACAUACUGAUUGUUUUUGUCAAGGAUCAGGGUGCGCCUGGCAAGAGGAACUAUGCCAAGAUUAUCGUGAAUGUCCACGACCACAACGAUCACCAUCCGGAGUUUACGGCCAAAAUAAUUCAGAGCAAGGUGCCGGAGAGUGCGGCCAUUGGAUCCAAGUUGGCCGAAGUGAGGGCCAUAGACCGGGACAGUGGCCACAAUGCGGAGAUACAGUACUCCAUAAUAACUGGCAACGUGGGCAGUGCCUUUGAGAUCGAUCCAACCUUUGGCAUCAUCACUCUGGCCGACAGCCUGAACAUCAACAAGAUUCCGGAGUAUAUGCUGCAGGUUAAGGCCAUGGAUAUGGGCAGUCCACCGCUGUCCUCUCAGAUCCCAGUGCACAUCAUCGUGACGAUGUCGGAGAACGAUCCGCCAAAGUACUCCACCAAUAAUAUAGCUAUAGAAAUAUACGAAAACCUGGGAAUCGGAACAUUCGUCACUCAGGUGACAGCCCGCUCAUCCUCAUCCAUAUUCUUUAAUAUUGUUUCCGGCAAUGUGAACGACAGCUUCCGAAUCAAUCCUUCCACGGGAGUUAUAGUUAUUAAUGGAAACAUUGACUACGAAAUAAUUAAGGUUUUCAACCUGACGGUUAAAGGCACCAAUAUGGCAGCAGAGUCUUCUUGCCAGAAUAUAGUUAUACAUAUCUUAGAUGCUAACGAUAAUAUUCCAUAUUUCAUUCAAAACGAAUAUGUGGGAGCUUUGUCUGAAUCGGCUGAAAUAGGAUCCUACGUACUCAAAGUACACGAAUCAAAAGACCAUUUAACUUUACAAGUCAAAGAUGCUGAUGUCGGAGUUAAUGGAAUGGUUGAAUAUCACAUAAAUGAUGAUAUUGCCAAGAGUGUUUUUAAAAUAGAUUCCACAACCGGAGCCAUAGAACUUUUAAGACAUUUGGACUAUGAAAAAAAUACAGCCUAUACAUUUGAUGUUACGGUUAGUGAUAUGGGAAAGCCAAAACUACAUUCCACCACAACUGCCCACGUAACCAUACGUGUGAUUAAUGUUAACGACUGUCCACCAGUUUUCAAUGAAAGAGAACUGAAUGUAACCUUGUUCCUGCCAACUUUUGAGAAUGUUUUCGUGGCUCAAAUAAAAGCCAGCGAUGCAGAUAACGAUACUCUGCGAUUCGAUAUUGUGGAUGGAAAUUCGAACGAAUGCUUUCAAAUUGAUAAAUACUCCGGAGCUCUUACCACAAGAAACUUUGAAAUACUCAAUAAUGAAAACGAUCGGGAAUACAACCUGCAUGUCCGUGCCUCUGAUGGCAUUUACUCUGCCAUUUUAAUUGUUAAGAUCAGGGUUAUUGUGGCCAUGGACACCAACUUUGUGUUCCAAAGAGAUUCUUACAGGUUUUCUGCCAUUGAAAAUAACACCAAGGUGGCCACCAUCGGUUUGGUCAAUGUGGUGGGCAACUCCCUCAAUGAAAAUGUCGAGUACCGCAUCCUGAAUCCCACGGAUCUCUUCGAAAUCGGCAUAAGUUCUGGGGCUCUAAAGACCACAGGUGUUAUUUUUGAUCGCGAAGUGAAGGAUCUGUACAGACUCUUUGUGGAGGCCAAGUCGGAGUUGUAUGAAGGAUUAAAUGCCAAUGUCCGCAGAGCAGUAACUUCUGUGUAUAUCUCGGUCCUGGAUGUAAACGACAACUGUCCGUUGUUCGUCAAUAUGCCAUACUAUGCCACUGUUUCAAUAGACGAUCCCAAAGGUACCAUUAUAAUGCAAGUUAAGGCUGUGGACUUGGACAGUGCAGAGAACGGAGAGGUCCGGUACGAAUUGAAGAAGGGAAAUGGUGAACUCUUCAAGCUGGAUCGAAAAACAGGAGAACUGUCCAUUAAACAACAUGUAGAGGGUCACAACAGGAACUAUGAACUAACUGUGGCUGCCUAUGAUGGGGCUAUAACGCCAUGUUCCUCAGAAGCACCUCUUCAAGUUAAGGUUAUUGAUCGUUCUAUGCCUGUGUUUGAGAAACAAUUCUACACUGUAACCGUCAAGGAAGAUGUGGAAAUGUAUUCGGCCCUUUCCGUCUCCAUUGAAGCUGAGAGUCCCUUGGGCAGAGAUCUAAUCUACACCAUAUCUUCUGACAGCCAAUCUUUUGAAAUUGAUUACAAUACAGGAUCGAUUUUUGUGGUUAGUGAACUGGACUACGAAGUAAAGAACAGCCAUGACAUUGCCAUCCGAGCCACUGACAGUCUGUCUGGGGUUUUCGCCGAGGUUGUCCUCUCAGUUUCCGUAAUCGACGUCAACGAUUGCUAUCCCGAUAUUGAGAGUGAUAUCUACAAUAUCACCAUACCCGAGAACUCUUCGUUUGGCACUCAGAUUUUAAAAAUCAAUGCCACUGACAAGGACUCGGGGGCGAAUGCUAAGCUUUCCUACUACAUUGAAUCCAUAAAUGGGCAAAACAACUCCGACUUGUUCCACAUUGAUGUCUCAGAUGGUAACUUGUAUUUAAAGACGUCCUUGGACUAUGAACAGGCCAGUUCCCAUCACAUUGUGGUUAAUGUUAAGGACCAUGGAUCGCCCUCUCUGAGCUCGAGAUCGAAUGUUUUCAUAACAGUGAAAGACUUGAAUGACAAUCCUCCUUGCUUUGUGGAGCCCUCCUACUUCACCAAGCUCUCUGCGGCAGCCGUUCGAGGACAGUUCGUGGCUCUGCCCAAGGCCUACGACAAGGAUGUUUCCGAUAUUGAUUCGCUGGAGUACAAGAUUGUCUAUGGAAACGAAUUGCAGACCUACAGCAUUGACAAGAUGACUGGUGUCAUAUCCUUGCAGAACAUGCUCAAUUUCACCGACAAAAGUAGCACUGUUUUGAAUAUAUCCGUAUCGGAUGGAGUGCAUACGGCAUAUGCCCGCCUUAAAAUAUCCCUCCUACCGGAAAAUACGUACAGUCCGCAGUUUGAAAAGAGCAUCUAUGAGGCUAAAAUUCCAGAGAAUUUGUUACAUGGUCAUAAUGUAAUCACGGUCACUGCCACGGAUGGAGAUUUCGGUCCCUACUCGAACCUUUAUUAUGAAAUAGUAUCCGAGGAGAUGAAAAAGUACUUCGUUAUUGAUCAAACUACAGGUGUGAUCACCUCGAGGGUUACAUUCGAUCGGGAGAAAAAGGACGACUACGAGGUGUUGUUGAAAGUGUCGGAUGGUGGAGGAUUGUUUAGUUUUGCAACUCUGAAGGUUUCCAUUGUGGAUGUCAACGACAAUGUUCCCUAUUUCCCACUGAAAGAAUACAAAAUAGUAUUGAGCACGGCAACGGAGGUCAAUAAAACUAUUUUAACUGUCAAAGCCAAGGACGACGAUAUUAAUGAGAACGGGGCCAUAAUCUACAAGAUUGUUCAAAAAUCGAUUGAUGAAGAGCUAAAUCGUUUGAUUGAGAUCAAUGAAGGUAAUGGGGAUAUCAUCCUGAAACGAGAGCCUGGCAACUAUGGAGCUGGUUCAUAUCAGUUUUUCGUACGGGCUUCCGAUGGCGGAGAUCCAAAGUUUCAUUCCGAAGUUCCUGUUUCCAUCGAAAUAAUCGAAACAGAUACCCCUAUUCCGGUGUUUGAAAAGCCUCUAGUCCAUCUAAAGAUCAUCGAAUCGACGCCUCCGGGAACUGUCCUCACCAAGCUGCACGUAAUCGGAAACUUUACCUUCAAGUUUGCGAUAGCAGCGGAUCAGGACAACUUCAUGAUCUCGGACAAUGGUGAACUGAUCCUCCAGCAAACUCUGGACCGGGAACAGCAGGACUCUCAUCACUUGAUUGUGGUGGCGGAAACGGCCACUGUGCCUGUCCUCUACGCCUAUGCAGAUGUCCUGAUUGAUGUCAAUGAUGAAAACGACAAUUAUCCCAAGUUCGACAACACUUUCUACAGUGUCAGUGUGGCGGAGAACAGCGAAAAGGUCAACUCCCUGGUGAAGGUGUCUGCCACGGACGCGGAUGCCGGGCCAAAUGGCAAUAUCCGGUAUUACUUGGAGAGUGAUUCGGAGAACAUACAAAACAUAUUCGACAUUGACAUCUACACGGGGUGGAUCACAUUGCUGACGCUGUUGGAUCGGGAGGUUCAGUCGGAAUACAACUUCAAAGUGAUUGCAGCGGACAACGGGAGACCCAAGCACGAUGCCAAAGUGCCGGUGACCAUCAAAAUAGUGGACUACAACGACAAUGCUCCUGCUUUUAAGUUGCCCAUCGAGAGGUUGUCGGUUUUGGAGAAUGCCCUGCCAGGAACAGUGCUGGUCAACUUAUUGCUGAUCGAUCCGGACAUCGAGAAGCAGGAGAUGGACUUUUUCAUCGUCUCCGGCGAUAAGCAGGCUCAGUUCCAGAUUGGCAAGAGUGGCGAGCUGUUUAUAGCUAAACCCCUGGACCGGGAACAGAUCAAGUUCUAUAACCUGAGCGUGAUUGCUACCGAUGGGAAGUUCACGGCUAAGGCCAAUGUGGAGAUCGAUGUGAUGGACAUCAACGACAACAUGCCCUUCUGCUUGAAGCCUCGAUAUCACAUAACCACCAAUGAAUCCACUCCCAUUGGCACCAAACUCGUGGAGAUCAAGGCGGUUGACUUUGACCUGCAGAGCAAAUUGCGUUUCUAUCUUUCCGGCAAGGGAGCCGAUGACUUUGCCAUUGGUAAGGAGAAUGGAAUCCUGAAAGUGGCCAGUGCUCUGGAUCGGGAAACGAAUGCCAAGUACAAGUUGAUUGCCCACGUCCAGGAUGGCAAGGAUUUCAGCCAGGAGUGCUUCUCCGAGAUAAUCGUAACCGUUACCGACGUAAACGACAACAUUCCAGUGUUUUCAAUGAACCAGUACCGGGUAAGCGUUCCCGAGGAUGCCCAACUGAACACCUUGAUCACCAAAGUGCACGCCGUGGACAAGGAUUUCGGAAUCAAUCGACAAAUAAAGUACUCUCUGAUGGGUGAGAACCAUGACUUUUUCAGAAUUUCCAAAACCACCGGAAUCAUAAAGUUGGAAAAGAAUCUGGAUCGAGAAACCAUAUCAUUGUUUAACCUCACGGUCAAGGCUGAGGAUUAUGGCAUCCCGAAACUACAUUCCAUUGCCACCGUAGUCGUGAGCAUUUUGGACAUUAACGACAAUCCUCCGGAGUUCAGCAUGCGGCAGUAUUCUUGCAAGGUUUUCGAAAACGCCACCCAAGGCACAGACGUCUGCAAAGUGUAUGCGGCUUCUAUAGACAUCGGCGUUAAUGCCGAUAUUCGUUACUAUAUAAUGAGCGGCAACGAGCAGGGAAAGUUCUCCAUGGAUUCCGUGUCCGGCGAUCUAACGCUGAACUCCAGUUUGGACUACGAGAUGUCCAAGUUUUACUUCCUCACCAUCCAGGCCAUUGAUGGAGGCACUCCACCGCUCAGCAAUAAUGCCCACGUCAAUGUUUCCAUCCUGGACAUCAACGACAACAGCCCGAAGUUCCAACAAAACCUGUACCGUGUAAAUGUCAAUGAGGAUGUUCUGGUGGGCUCCAAGAUUCUGGAUGUGAAUGCUACGGAUGAGGACUCGGAUGUGAAUGGCCUGGUGACCUACAGUAUUGAAAGGGGCGACAACAUAGGUCAGUUUUCGAUUGAUAGGAAAAACGGAACCAUAGCCAUCUCAAGGCCUCUGGAUCGCGAGACCAUUGCCAACUACAACCUGGAGAUUCAGGCCUGUGAUCAGGGAACUCCACAGCGUUGCAACAUUGUGCCGGUGACCGUGAAUGUCCUGGACACGAACGACAAUGCCCCACUCUUUUCCAGCGCCAACUACAGUAUUAUGCUCCAGGAGAACCGGCCACUGGGCUACGUGUUCCUUACCUUCAAAGUUUCCGAUGCAGAUGAGUCGCCCAAUACCACGCCGUAUACGUUUGACAUUCGUUCCGGCAACGAGGGCGGACUAUUUCGAUUGGGCCAGGACGGCUCCCUGAGCACUGCCGCUCGUUUCAACCACAAUCUACAGGACGAGUUUGUGAUCCAGAUACGGGUCUUCGACAACGGCACUCCGCCUUUGUACUCCGAUGCCUGGGUGGUGAUCAAAAUUAUCGAAGAGAGCCAGUACCCGCCGAUCGUUACCCCACUGGAGGUCAACAUAAACUCCUUCGAGGAUGACUUCUCUGGGGCGUUUAUUGGCAUGGUUCACGCCACCGACCAGGACAAGUACGAUGAGCUGAGCUUCGGCCUCCAGGCACUGGUCUCCGGCCAGAACGAAACGUAUCAGAGCUCCAAACUCUUUAACAUUUCCAACAAAACCGGAAAGAUAUAUGCCAUCUCGAAUCUGGACAUUGGUCUCUACAAGCUGAAUGUUUCGGUAUCGGAUGGAAAGUUCCAGGUCUUCUCGAUUGUCAAGAUCAAUGUGGAGUUGGUCACUAGCGAAAUGCUCAGGGAAUCGGUGGUAAUCCGCUUCAGUAGAAUCUCCGCCUCAGAGUUCCUUCUCAGCCACAGGAAGACCUUCAUGCGCUCCAUUCGCAAUAUAAUGCGCUGUCGACAAAAGGAUGUGAUUCUGAUCACCCUGCAGGAGGAGACUCCCAGGCACUCGGUCGCCAGACGCCACAGCCGCUCCACGGGCACCAAUUUGAACGUGGUUUUCGCGGUGCGGAAGCAGCAGAUCAUCCCAGAUUCGGAUGAGUUCUUCACCAGCGAGGAGAUUCGCCAGACGCUGAUUGACAAGAAGAACGAGAUCGAGAACGAGACGAAUCUGGUGGUGGAGGAAGUGCUGCCAGACACCUGCCAGAGCCAGAAGAACGCCUGCGUGCAUGGCGAGUGCCGGCAGGUUCUCCGUAUCCUUAAGAGCAAUGUGACCACAACAUUCACCGAUGUGAUUAGCUUCGCUGCUCCCUCGUACAACCAGGUGAACAGGUGCGUCUGCCGGCCGGGAUACGAUGGAAAGACUUGCAAUGAGACGGUGAACGCCUGCUCCUCGGAUCCCUGCUCUCCGCAAAGGAUCUGCCUGCCCUCCGGCUCGGUUCUGGGCUACCAGUGCGUCUGUCCGAAGGGUUUCUCGGGUGCCUACUGCGAGCGUAAGUCCUCGCCCUGCAACAACGAGUCCUGCGACAUUGGCCUGUUUACCGCCGUCUCCUUUGGAGGAAAGAGCUACGCCCACUACAAGAUCAACAAAAUGAAGGCCAAGAUGGCUCUGGAGAACGAAUUCUCGUACUCCCUGCAGAUCCGUACUGUCCAGCAGAGCGGUACCCUGCUGUACGCCAGCGGCAAGGUAGACUACAACAUUCUGGAGAUCAUCAACGGUGCGGUGCAGUACCGCUUCGACUUGGGCUCCGGUGAGGGAGUGAUCAGCGUGUCCAGCGUCUACAUCUCCGAUGGGGAGUGGCACGUGAUUAGCCUUGAGCGUUCCCUCAACAGUGCCAAGCUGAUGGUGGACAACAAGCACGUCUCGCAUGGCAGUGCCCCCGGCGUCAAUGGCAUCCUGAACAUCCAGUCCAACGACAUUUUCGUUGGCGCCGAGGUUCGUCCCCAUCCGUCGAUCAUCGGCUACGAGGAUAUCCAGCGGGGAUUCAUCGGCUGCAUGGCUAACAUCAAGAUUGCCCAGGAGUCCCUGCCGCUCUACAUAUCCGGUGGCAGCACCAUCGCCGCCCUCAAGAGAUUCACUAACGUAGAGUUCAAGUGCGAUCCCUCGAACGUGCUUCAGGUCCUGGGCAUUUGCGGCUCCCAGCCGUGUGCCAACAGCGGCAUCUGUAAGGAUCUUGGCGGAGAGUCCUUUGAGUGUGCCUGCCAGUCCCGCUUCUCGGGCAAGCAGUGCGAAAUCGAUCUCGAUCCCUGCUCCUCCGGACCCUGUCUGUUUGGAGGACGCUGCGACCACCACGGGCCAAACAACUACACCUGCACCUGCCCCAUCCACCUGUCCGGCAAGAGGUGCGAGUACGGAAAGUUCUGCACACCGAAUCCCUGCAAGAACGGAGGAAUCUGCGAGGAGGGCGACGGCAUAUCGCACUGCAUGUGCCGAGGAUACACGGGCCCCACCUGCGAAAUCGACGUGGAUGAGUGCGAAAACCAGCCGUGUGGCAACGGGGCAACCUGCAUCAACGAGCCGGGCAGUUUCAGGUGCAUCUGUCCCUCCUACCUGACCGGGGCCAGCUGUGGAGAUCCCCUUUACUCCAACUCGAUAUCCACGAAGCUGAAGAACUUCUCCCUGGAGCACAUCAGCGGCAUUAUUUCCGGCAUCACUGUGGUGCUGGUCGUGAUCAGCUGCGCCCUGUGUUGUGUGGUCAUUCGCAGGAAUUCGUCCGCCAAGCGCAGGAACCGUCUCGACCGGGACAAGAACAAGGCAUCCUACAAGGAGGCGAAUCUUAACUCGCUGGUGGACAAGGACAACUACUGCAAGUCGAAUGUCAAGCUAAGCAAUCUGGAGGUCAACCAGCGACCCAUCAGCUACACAGCAGCUCCGAACGACAGCCUGUUUCUGAGCAACAACAGGAACUUUGUCAACAACUUGGACAUCUUGAGGAGCUAUGGAUCGGCUGGCGAUGAGCUGGAGAAUGUGCCAUUCGAGUACCAGAAGGUGAACCGAAACAAACAGCAUGUGAACAUCAAUACUUGCCAUUCCGCGGAUGGAGAAAAUAAUGGCUACAAGCAGGAGUGGUGCGAGCAAAUGCACUUGAGGACCUUCUCUGAAAAUAAACUUAAUAAUGAACUCAAGAGGGACUAUGGACCAUCGGUGAGCCGCUUCUCGACCGGGAAACUCAUCCAAGUGGAAAUGCCAAAUGUAUGCCACUCCUCUGGUGCUGGGAACUUUGUCGAUUACUCCGCCCUGGCCAAUGGGCAGUACCAUUGGGACUGCUCUGACUGGGUGCGCAAGAGCCAUAAUCCUUUGCCGGAUAUAACCGAGGUGCCCGGAGCCGAAAUAGCCGACUCCUCCAGCUUGCACAGCAACGACAGCAAUGAGUCCAAGUCGAAAAAAGCCUUUUUCGUUCACAGGGAAGAUGGAGAUGUGGAUCCGACAAGGGAUAUAGCCGCUUUAAAUGAGGAUAUCGGAUCCGAGUACUUGGAUUCGGAGGCCGAGAGCUGCUUGGAGCCGUUUAUGUUGCCCAGAUCAAAUAAUCAGCCGCUUUCAAGACUGAGUUCUUUUAAUAAUAUCGAGAAUGAAGACUAUAAAUCAAAUACAGUGCCUUUACCGUCGACACUUAGUCAUUCGUGCAAAGUAUAUUUAAGACAUCCUGAUUCAUAUUUGCCAACGAUGCAUUUUCCAAGUGAAACGGAUGGGGAAAGCUCUUUGAACGAGGGACCCAUUUCAAGGAGGGAAACUAAAAGCCGAAGAACAUUAAGUGAGAAUUCAGAGGAAGCGUUCCUAUUUCCAUGUGCUGGCGGAGAAAUGGGCUCCAACAGCAAUAUUUCAGUUCGUCUUUGUGAAAUUGAAGAUUCUGAACUGGAAGAAUUUUUGCCACAACAACAGAAAAACAUUUAAAUGACAUGCUUAGCUAUAAGAACUAAUUUUUACAUUUUUUAUUUUGUUAGAUACUAAUUUCCAUAGGAACUUCA